UAUGUGAGCAGUGAUAUCUUGUCAAAAUAACUUUUUCCAUAUUAUAUAGAAGUUGUAGAAAACGUUGACAACAGAGCAGGUUAAAAACUGUUGUUAAAUUUCAAAAAGCUCACAAAGAUUUCUUGCAACAACAAUGGCAGCAGCACCAAGGUACGCAGUUGUUACAGGAGCAAACAAAGGGAUAGGAUUUGGGAUUUGCAAGCAAUUGGUUUCUAAUGGUGUCACUGUGGUGCUAACAGCAAGGGAUGAAAAAAGGGGUACUGAAGCUGUUGAAAAACUUAAGGAGUUUGGUGUGUCUGACCAAGUGGUGUUUCAUCAGCUUGAUGUGACUGACCCUAAAAGCAUUGAAUCCCUUGCAAAUUUCAUCAAAACCCAUUUUGGGAAACUUGAUAUCCUGGUGAAUAAUGCAGGAAUAAGUGGAACUAAUGUUGACCAUGAUGCUUUAGCUGCUGCACGGGAAAAAGUUGACAGUGUUGAUUGGAGAAAAUUUGCACAUGAAACUUAUGAAUCUACAGAAGCAAGCAUUAAAACAAAUUACUAUGGAGCCAAAUUAAUGUGUGAAGCAUUUAUUCCCCUUCUAGAAUUGUCAGACUCACCAAGGAUUGUUAAUGUUUCCUCCACCAUGGGGAAGUUGGAGAGAAUACAAAAUGAAUGGGCUAGAGGAAUCCUANGUGAUGUUGAAAGCUUAACAGAAGAAAAAGUGGAUGAAGUUCUGAAGAAGUUUCUAAAUGAUUUUAAAGAGGGUUCAUUACAAACCAAUGGGUGGCCACCUGGGCUUUCUGCAUAUAUAGUUUCAAAAGCUGCUUUGACUGCCUACACUAGGGUUCUUGCCAAGAAGUACCCAUCNUUCUGCAUCAAUGCUGUUUGCCCUGGCUUUGUGAAAACAGAUCUCAACUUCAAUAUUGGCUACCUUGGAGUUGAUGAAGGUGCUGAAAG